GCAGCGGGAGAGUCGAGUGUCCUUGCGCGCGGAGCGGGGCGACCAUGGUGGCCAGAGUGUGGUCGCUUAUGAGGUUCCUCAUCAAAGGCAGUGUAGCUGGGGGCGCCGUCUACCUAGUCUAUGACCAGGAGCUUCUGGGGCCCAGCGACAAGAGUGAGGCGGCCCUGCGGAAGGCCAAGGAGGUGGUGCCCCCUGCCAUGUACCAGUUCAGCCAGUACGUGUGCCAGCAGACUGGCCUGCAGCUACCACAGCUUCCAAACCCGCCAAAGAUCAACUUCCCCAUCCGAGAGUCCUGGAAUUCAGGGAUCAUCAGGGUGAUGUCGGCUCUGUCUGUGGCCCCUUCCAAGGCCGUCCAGUACUCCAAGGAGGGCUGGGAGUACGUGAAGGAGCACACCAAGUAGCCAGCCAGCAGAGGUCGCCCACCCUGGCAGAACAGGGGCAGGGACACCGCAGACUCAAAACUCCACAGUAGGAUCCCACUCUUGAGGGCAGCUCCCGGCCUUGCUGGCCCAAUAAAGGACUUUGGAAGUGUCACCCUAAACCACGUGCUGGCCUGGGGGGAUGGGGU